AUGGAUUUUUGUAAUAUGUGGAAUCGCUUGAAAAGGCUGAUCUCUAUAACUUUUCAAGAUUUGUCCAAUCUCUGCGAAAUGCGGUAUGGUCUAGCUGCUCGUAAUUUCGAGAAUGCAUCGCAAGCGUACUUGUUUAGGGAUUGGAGCAACCAAACCCUAAUGAACUUGGGGAGAAUUUCGUCGUAUGUUAGUGUUCACCUGAGACACGUUUACCUCACAUUGUAUUGUAUUCUGGGUUUUUUGGCUAUUGGAGCACUUGGAGCCUGGUGGCUUCUUCCACUUGGGAACAUGGGGGGCUUAUCUACAAGACUUUUAUUUUUCACAAACUUUACACUUUUUGUCUCAAGAGAACCAUGGGACGAGUCUGCCCAGAUUUCUGGCAAAGUUGGUGCCAGAGAACCUGUAAAGACCAAGAUCGAAAAACAGAAUGAACAAAGAGUUCAACCUGAUGUGCGUGUUUGGCAGCUUAAGGAUCAGCUCAUCAGGGAAAAGGUUUACCUUUCUCUUGCAGCUACAAGAAACAAUCCCCACUUUAUAAGGGAGCUUCGUCUACGGAUGAAGGAAGUUCAACGAGCACUUGGGGAGGCAACGAAUGAUUCGGAGCUACCAAGGAAUGCCUAUGAGAAGUUGAAGUCAAUGGAGCAAACAUUGGCCAAGGGAAAGCAAAUUCAAGAUGACUGCACUACUGUGACAUUCAUCCUCUGUUGCAGCUUUAUUGUUAGUGCUGCUGUAGCGCUUUCUAUACCUUUGGGUUGUUUCGUGGUGGCAUCUUUGGUGACACGGCAUAGAGACUACAUGUAUAUCGGUGGCUUGCUUUCCUGUUUGCCCUUAAUCCCGAUCUGGUUACACUUUGCUUCCAUCAUCUUUGGUGGCUAUACAGCCAUAUACAAGUUUAAGCUCUGUUAUGUGAUCUUGCUGUAUGUGGGGCUCAUAGUGGUGUCUAGCCAACAGAUCAUCCGACGCGUUCAGCGUGGGGAUUAUGACUAUGUGCAACAUGCUCUCCCCCUCCUUGCUGAUUUUGCUUAUAUCUGCACCAUUCUAUCAGUUUUCUAUUUCUUGUGGAAGGAAGCAUCUGAGAAGGAGAGAGAAAAGCAGUUGAAUUCCACCAGCAGCAGCAGUUCAGAUUGGAUUGAAGCAGUGUUAUUAGAUCCUAAC